ACACAAUCCAACUCUCGCAGAUCAACUGGUCUCGCGAGAGCACACUGCUCCCAAAAAAAUGGACGUCGGUGGGAACAGUGGGCUUCCUGUAAACAAUAAACAGAGAGCUAUGUUGCCUAACAAAAGCAGGGUCGAAUUUACCCGAAACCCAAGAAAAGAUUCAGAGGGUCUGUCGGAGUCCCCAGACCUCGAGUUUGAAUAUGCUGAUACAGACAAGUGGGCUGCAGAGCUGUCAGAGCUCUACAGUUAUACUGAAGGACCAGAGUUUGCUUUCAAUAGGAAGUGCUUUGAGGUCGAAUUUAGAACACAUGUUUGUGAUAGGAAGUGGACAGAGCUUGAUGCAGCUCAGCACAGAGCUCAUGCCAUGCGACUGUUGGAUGGUCUGGAGGUGAUAGCCCGGGACAAGAGGCUGAAGGCUGCCAGAGCCAUUCUUUACAUGGCUCAGGGAACCUUUGCAGAGUGCAGCUCUGAGGCUGAUGUGCAGUACUGGAUGAGAUACAACAUCUUUCUGCUGCUGGAUGUGGGGACCUUCUCUGCUCUCGUGGAGCUGCUCAACAUGGAAAUUGACAACAGUGCUGCCUGUAGCAGUGCUGUCAGGAAACCAGCCAUCUCCCUUGCUGACAGCACAGAUCUCAGAGUGCUGCUCAACAUAAUGUACCUGAUGGUGGAAACGAUACAACAGGAUGACCCAGCCGACAAGCCUGAAUGGAAAAUUAUCAGGGAAACCUUCAGAGCAGAACUGGGAUCUCCUCUGUUCAACAACGAGCCGAUGUCCGUCAUGCUCUUCGGUAUGGUUACCAAGUUCUGCAGUGGUCAUGCCCCUCACUUCCCAAUGAAGAAGGUGUUGUUGCUGUUGUGGAAGAGCAUACUGUUUACACUCGGAGGGUUUGAGCAGCUCCAAAGCAUAAAGGUUCAUAAGCGUGUGGAGCUGGGUCUCGCCCCUCUCCCAGAGGACAGCAUUCGAGUCAUUCGCAGUAUGAGGGCCGCUUCUCCUCCUGCGUCUGCAUCUGACCUCAUAGAGCAGCAACAGAAACGGGCGCGCCGUGAACACAAGGGGUUAAUCAAACAGGACAACCUUGAUGCAUUCAACGAAAAGGAUCCUUACAAGGCUGACGACUCUCGUGAGGAUGAGGAUGACAGCGAUGACAAUGACAACUCUGUAGAGGCAGAAACUUUCCCUCUAGAGAGGGACGAGGUAAUGCCUCCGCCUAUUCCUCACCCUCCUUCAGAUCGGGUAUCCUUACCCAAAGGACUGCCGUGGGCUCCUAAAGUCAGGGAAAAGGACAUUGAAAAUUUCCUGGAAUCAAGUAGAAGUAAAUUUAUUGGGUACACACUUGGAAAUGAUACAAAUACUGUUGUUGGCUUGCCUAGGCCAAUUCAUGAGAGCAUUAAGACCUUAAAGCAGCACAAGUACGUCUCUAUUGCUGAGAUACAGAUUGCAAAGGAGGAGGAGUUUCAGAAAACCCCUCUGUCUGGGGGGGAAGAGGAGGUGGAGAUGUCCUCCAUUGAGCUGCUCUACCAGGGAAUUCUGCCCAGUUUGCCUCAAUACAUGAUCGCUCUGCUGAAGAUCCUGCUCGCAGCAGCUCCGACUUCCAAAGCCAAGACCGACUCCAUCAACAUCCUGGCAGACGUACUGCCGGAGGAGAUGCCGACCACAGUGUUGCAAAGCAUGAAACUUGGUGUUGAUGUCAAUCGACACAAAGAGAUAAUUGUGAAGGCUAUCUCUGCCAUCCUGCUGCUGCUUUUAAAACACUUCAAACUUAACCACAUCUACCAGUUUGAGUACAUGGCUCAACACCUGGUGUUUGCGAACUGCAUCCCCCUCAUUCUGAAGUUCUUCAACCAGAACAUCAUGUCUUACAUCACCGCUAAAAAUAGCAUUUCAGUACUUGACUUUCCCCAUUGUGUGGUGCAUGAGCUCCCGGAGUUAACUGCAGAGAGUUUGGAAGCAGGAGACAACAAUCAGUUUUGCUGGAGGAAUCUGUUCUCUUGUAUUAACCUGCUGAGGAUCCUCAACAAACUAACCAAGUGGAAGCACUCCAGAACAAUGAUGCUUGUGGUGUUUAAGUCCGCUCCCAUCCUGAAGAGGGCGCUGAAGGUCAAGCAGGCCAUGAUGCAGCUGUAUGUCCUCAAGCUGCUUAAAGUGCAGACCAAAUACCUGGGACGUCAGUGGAGGAAAAGCAACAUGAAGACCAUGUCCGCCAUCUACCAAAAGGUCCGACAUCGGCUUAAUGACGACUGGGCCUACGGGAACGAUCUGGAUGCUCGUCCCUGGGACUUCCAGGCCGAGGAGUGUGCUCUGCGGGCCAACAUUGAACGCUUUAAUAGUCGCCGCUACGACAAGAGCCACAGCAACCCGGACUUCCUGCCUGUGGACAACUGUCUGCAAAGUGUCUUGGGACAGCGGGUGGACCUGCCUGAGGACUUCCAAAUGAAUUACGACCUUUGGCUGGAGCGGGAGGUCUUCUCCAAACCUAUUUCCUGGGAAGAACUGCUACAGUGAGAAUCUAAAUGACUUUUUAUCAACAAAAGUUUUAGUCAGGAGUUGAGACAACAGUCCAACAGACCAGCAGUUCUCUCAGCAGUAUGUUACAUGUUCUGUAAACACUGAAGCUGACGGAUGGAUUUAACUCUCUAAAGUUGACUCCCCCACACUAAUCCCACCCAGUUUUUUUAAUGAAACAGCUAACAAAUAAUUCAGUGCGAAAUCUCGCAUGUCACAUGUGAACUUAAACUCCACCCCUACCUUUACAUAUACAGGUAUUUGCUCGGUGUGCCUCUUACCUGCUAAAGACGUCCUGUAAGUUUUACCUUUGAAGCACUACGUGACAGUUUGUUCUUAAUUUUGAAGAGAUUAAUUCGGAAUAAAUGGUAUGCAUUUACUGUUAAGAAUAACAAAGGCAGCACAUUUAGGAUGUUAAUAAAUAUAAGAUUCCUUAGUAUAUUGGAUAUCUUCUCCAGAGAGAUGAAAGGAAUUAGGUGGAGGCUUUAUAGAAUUUAUCAUAAUUACUUGUGUACAAAUAAAAACUUGUUUUACUUUUUAAUAGUUAUCAGCUGAAAGGGACAAACGUCUGUUCACUUGACUUCCUCUUUGUUGUUCUGUUGCAAAUGAUUUAAAUUGUAUUUGCAUUGUGAGUUUCUCUCCUAAGUACACACCGUUUAUAUGGGACCAUGGAGGCAGCCAUUCAGACCUUCACUGACCACCAGGCUGGCUGACUGGACAUGACAAUACAGCCUUGAUCUUAUUUUAUUUUUUAACCUAGAGUAACACAUUCGUAUCUUAAUUAGUUUUUGUGUGGAAGAAAUGGUUGCACAUGUUCACAUGAUUUGAUUGUGUGAAAGAAAAGAGAAACAUUUAAGUUUCUGAUUUUAAAUCAGUGGUUUCUGACCUUCACUCAUCAGACAGUUACUUUCCAGUUACAAUUACCCAGUUUCCUGUCUUUUCUUUAUUUUUUACAUUUUUAGUUUUGUUUUUAAUAUAAAGGUUAAGGGAAUAAGAAUACAUGUAAAUUGUGAAACUUAUUUAUCAUGUCUUUGUUUUACAUGGACUUAAAUACUGUAAUAAAAUGAUACUGU